CAGCGGCGGGGGUGGUGUGGGUUGAGGGGAGGCGCGUACCGGUCCCGCUGUCUCCCCGCGGACGCGGCCCGCUUCUGGCCGCCCGUCUGUAAGGAGCUACCUUGGUGCUCACUGCUUCCCUCUCUGGGGUCGGUGGGGUGCAGGGAAGGUUCCGCUGUCUCAGGUGAGGGCCGGGCCUGCCUGCAGUGGGGCCGGGCGGUUCCCGACUCCUAGCCGUGCAGGUGUCACCCUGCCCGCCCCCUGCGACGGUGUCGGGCGGCCCCGGCGCAAUAGCGACUGACACGCCAGGCCCAGAGGGGCUGCCACUGGGGGCCGAGCCGGCUGGAGCCGCCAGGCAAGAGACAUGGCUGAAGGCCUUUCUUGGCAACUCGGUGUAUGCACGGGUUAAAGCGUGCGGGGCGAGGUGGAAAAGUUGCUGUCGAAUUUCACUUUAAGGGACCGGACAGAAAGCAGCAAAAUGGAUGACUUCCGCUCCAUCUUCCUGCUGUCUUUGGCCAUGCUGGUCGCCUGCUAUGUGGCAGGAAUUAUCCCCUUGGCAGUUAAUUUUUCCGAGGAGAAAUUAAAGUUGGUGACUGUUCUGGGUGCUGGGCUGCUGUGUGGAACUGCUUUAGCUGUCAUUGUGCCAGAAGGAGUACAUGCACUUUAUGAAGACGUUUUGGAAGGGAAGCAUCACCCAGCAAGCGAGAUGCAGCGUGUGAUGGAGUCUGAGAAGGUAGCGGAAAUGCCGGCUGUACACGAGUAUGGCCACGACCAUUCCAGGUUGCAUGCCUUCAUCGGUGUAUCCCUUGUCCUUGGCUUUGUCUUCAUGCUGUUGGUGGAUCAGAUAGGCAGCUCUCAUGUGCAUUCAACAGAUGACCCAGAAGCUGCAAGAUCAGGCAACUCCAAAAUCACCACAACACUGGGACUAGUAGUCCACGCUGCAGCUGAUGGAGUUGCGUUGGGCGCAGCAGCUUCCACUUCUCAGACCAGUGUCCAGCUGAUAGUGUUUGUUGCGAUUAUGUUGCACAAGGCACCAGCUGCCUUUGGCCUGGUUUCUUUCCUGAUGCACGCUGGGCUGGAACGGAAUCGAAUUAGAAAACACUUGCUGGUCUUUGCAUUAGCAGCACCUGUUAUGUCCAUGGUGACAUACUUAGGGCUAAGCAAGAGCAGCAAAGAAGCCCUAUCAGAAGUCAAUGCCACUGGAGUUGCUAUGCUCUUUUCGGCUGGGACUUUUCUUUAUGUUGCCACAGUUCAUGUCCUUCCAGAAGUAGGAGGAAUUGCUCAUAGCCACAGACCCGAAUCAACCGGAGGGAAAGGACUCAGUCGUCUGGAGGUGGCAGCCCUGGUAGUAGGAUGCCUUAUCCCUCUAGUUUUGUCCAUUGGACACCAUCACUGAAGGCUCAGAUUUCACCCUUCUCCUCCUCAACCCAAGAAGAGCAGUAAAAUGUCAGCUGCUCCCUUUAUCAUUCUUUCUUACACAUCAUCCAUACCAUCCACUUCAUGGAGUUCAGAGGAAGCCUUGAUUGCGAAAUGAGGAAGACUGGGGCAGUUUUUAGUGCUUUGACAGCUGGACAUAAAUUCUAUGUAACUUUCUUUUCUGAAGACAUUUGCUAUUUUAAUUGUUACUUCUGGCCCUAUUUCUCAGGGAAGAUGGAAUUUUGGAGUUUAAGAAAGGUGAGCAGGGAAGAACAUCAGUGACUCAUCAUGAAAUUGCAAUCACCAAAGUAUCCUGCAGUUCAGCAUUCGCAGCUGAACAAAGGUUGGCUGCCAGUGAGAGAGGCUGAAGUCUUUUGAAGUCUUACUAAUGAAGAAGGGGCUCUCCCCCAUCGGUUCUAUGUUGUCCUGACGACACUACUGGUCCUUGGGAUGUUUCUCUCUAAUUGUACUGCAAAAAUGUGCUGCACUUGGAACUUUGGACAGCACUGUUAUUGUUACAGAAGUGUCAUGGUUGGGAGAGAAAUGAUGUAGGCAAAGUGUAGGAUUAGAGUAGGAAGUCAGCUGGUAAA